CAUUUCCCACCGUCCUCCCUCGGCCAGUGCGAGGCCAGAGGCCGGAGCCGCCUCCGCGACCCAUGUAGGUGUUGCUGGGAGUCCCGGUCUGCAGCACCCGGCUCCCGGGCAUGUCACCCGCGGGCGGCUCUGUGCCGGACAGAUGGCCCCGGUUCAGCAAGUUCCUCCUGUCCGCCUGUGCAGCCAGUGUGGCUGAGCUAGUGACCUUUCCACUGGAUCUCACCAAGACCCGGCUGCAGAUACAAGGUGAAGCUGCUUUAAAGCAACAUGGAGGAUCCGCUGCGCCGUACAGAGGAAUGGUGCGCACAGCGAGGGGAAUAGCGCAGGAGGAAGGAUUACUGAAGCUUUGGCAGGGAGCUACACCGGCAGUCUAUCGCCAUAUUGUGUAUUCCGGAGUCCGUAUGAUGGUCUACGAACAGCUGCGAGACUCCCCCCUUGGGAAAGGGGAGGAUGAGACCUUCCCUCUGUGGAAAGCUGUGGUGAGCGGGAUGUCGGCUGGAGCUAUUGGGCAGUUCUUCGCUAGUCCAACAGAUCUGGUGAAAGUUCAGAUGCAGAUGGAAGGGAAGCGGAGGCUGGAGGGGAAACCACCCCGAGUUCGAGGGUUCUAUCAUGCACUGGUAACCAUUGUGUCCAAAGGAGGAAUUCGUGGCUUGUGGGCAGGAUGGAUACCGAAUGUUCAGAGAGCCGCAUUGGUAAAUAUGGGAGACCUGACCACUUAUGAUACUGUCAAACACUUUCUGCUUCGGAACACAAACCUCAAGGACAACAGUGUAUGCCACAGCGUUUCCAGCAUAUGUUCAGGUCUGGUGGCGGCAACUUUAGGCACACCGGCUGACGUCAUCAAGACCAGGAUAAUGAACCAACCAAGAGACAAGCACGGGCGGGGGAUCUUGUACAAGUCUUCCACUGAUUGCUUUAUUCAAGCCGUACGCGGGGAGGGAUUCCCGUCCCUCUACAAAGGUUUCAUUCCUACGUGGAUGAGAAUGGCUCCCUGGUCGCUGGUAUUUUGGCUGACUUAUGAGCAGAUAAGACGAAUCGUAGGAGUUAGUUCAUUUUGAAUGAGGCGUGAAGCCACCAGCUGCAAGUAGAUGACAUUGGAAUAUGGACUGUGGAAAUAUGCAAUUUUUAUGGAUUAACGGACAACGCAAAAUUCUCAUUAUAAUGAUUUGUUACAUCUGCGAAGAUCAUGAGGACUUUAUUUUUACAUAGCAAAAGUACUGAGCUAGAUUUAUUUACACUGAAAAUAAAUAAUAAUAAACUUUU